AUGCCAGCCACUCUGCAGAACACCACCAACUUCAUCCUCCUGGGCCUCAUCACACACCCCAGGCUCCCAGGGCUGGUCUUCGCUGUGGUCUUCUCUAUCUUCGUGGUGGCUGUGGUGGCCAACGUGGUCAUGAUCCUCCUCAUCCACGUGGACGCACGCCUGCACUCGCCCAUGUACUUCCUGCUCAGCCAGCUCUCCCUCAUGGACACCGUCUACAUCUGCAUCACCGUCCCCAAGAUGCUCCAGGACCUGCUGUCCAGGGAGAAGACCAUCUCCUUCCUGGGCUGCGCGCUGCAGAUCUUCCUGUACCUGACCCUGAUUGGAGGGGAGUUCUUCCUGCUGGGCCUCAUGGCCUACGACCGCUACGUGGCCGUGUGCAACCCGCUGCGGUACCCGGCGCUCAUGAGCCACAGGGUUUGCCUGUUCAUGGUGCUGGGCUCCUGGGUCGGGGGCUCCUUGGACGGAUUCAUGCUGACCCCUGUCACCAUGAGCUUCCCCUACUGCGGGUCCCGAGAGAUCAAUCACUUCUUCUGUGAGAUCCCGGCCGUGCUGAAGCUGGCGUGCGUGGACACGUCGCUGUACGAGACCCUGAUGUACGCCUGCUGCGUGCUCAUGCUGCUCCUCCCCAUAGCCGUCAUCUCCGCCUCCUACGCGCGCAUCCUCCUCACCGUCCACCGCAUGAACUCCGCCCAGGCCCGCCGCAAAGCCUUCGCCACCUGCUCCUCCCACAUCAUGGUGGUCAGCCUCUUCUACGGUGCCGCCUUCUACACCAACGUGCUGCCCCACUCCUACCACACGCCCGAGAAAGACAAGGUGGUGUCCGCCUUCUACACCAUCCUCACCCCCAUGCUCAACCCUCUCAUCUACAGCCUCAGGAACAAGGACGUGGCUGCAGCUCUGAGGAGGGCGCUGGGCAGGUGUCCCUCCUCCAAGAGAGUCAGAGCCGUUGCUGUGUCCGGGAAAUACUAG